AUGGAUUUGCAUAAUCUUAAUGAUGUCGAACUAGUGUCCGAAUCAACCGAAAAACUUAUUAAAAAGUCGAUGUCAUUGGCAGAGUUUAUUGAAUUUCUUGGGCCACGCAUAACAAAUAAAGACGCAGAUGUACGUGAACGAGCAAUCGAAGUGAUCGUUUCCGUGCUGUGCAAAUUACCCGNUAACUUUUUGGAUUCAAAAGAGGUUGAAUUGCUGAUCAAUUUUUUACUGAGUCGUUUUGAUGAGUCUUUAUUGGCUGAUGGCACCGUUGUUCUUGGCAUUAAACAUCUGGUUUUAUCGUUUGCGAAUCUUCCAGUGGGAUGUGAGAAGAGCAUUAUUCAGAGGUUGUUCAUCGAUGGUAAUCUUCAAGAAUGGGGUCAGAAAGAUCGUUUCGCGUUAUUCGAAGUGCUCGAAUAUUUUAUCAGGGAACGUGUUGACGGGGUUCGUGCGAUGGGUGUCGAAUUUUUGUUGGGUUUCAUCCGCUCGAUGACAGGAGAGCGCGAUCCACGGUGUCUGAUGAUCGCAUUCCGAUUGUUUUACAAAGUGGUGCAACUGAUACCACCAUUCGGGCCUUUCGUUGAAGAUUUGUUCGACGUUGUAGCAUGUUAUUAUCCAAUUGAAUUCAAGCCCUCGGUGAAUGAUCAGACUGGUAUAACGCGCGAUUUGUUGGUGAGUGAGUGCGAGAAAUGCUUGAUGUCACAUCAUUUAUUCGCACCAUUCACGUAUCAGAUGAUUGCCGAGAAAUUGGUUGAUGACGAAUUGGAAGAGGAUGUGAAGUUGGAAGUUUGCUCGUUCUUGGCUAGAGUAUGCGAGAACUUUCCAAUGGGAGCACUCCGUGAACAACUGGACGAUUUGUUGGCGGGUAUCCGAAUGAUAGCAUUGAAUCCAGCCACAAAAUCUGCUACAAUGCCAUCUGAAAUUAUUGCAGCGAUCAAAGAAAUUAUGCAGAAACUGUCAUCAUCAUCAGAUGUCAAUAGUGAAAGCACGGAUCUCAUCGAUCACAUUUGUAACGAAUUCCUGGAAAAUAUUGAACCGUUUGUUGUUCAGUCAGAAAUGGGAUUGAGCGCUCGAUCAUUGGCACUGCUGGAGAUGCUGGUGAGUUGUCAUCCGAGCACAUCGAAACAAAUCAUCGAAAAUGUUUUCAAUUGGUUGGUUAUGAUCAUUAAAGGUGAAACAGUGAAUUCGGCCGCAAAUCGUGAUGAAGUCAUUGAAGAGGGCUUAAGCUAUUUACCGCGAUGGUGCAAAUUGGCAAUAUCAACGAGCAACGAAUCUGUGAUUUCGUUUCGUCGUGAUGCAAUUUUGGAGGCGCUCAAAGCAGUUCAUUUGCCUACUGCAAACUAUUCACUUGCUGAGGUGUUUGUCUCGCAGUCGGAGAGCGAUAAUACAAUGAUAAAUUUAUUUGAUGAUUUAUUGAAGUCGGCCGUGGAAGAUGUUAAUAAUACUGACAGCAAUAUCAGAAUAGCAGCUCGCUCGUUUGUUCGCGAAUUUUCUCUUCACAAUUGGGAUCUUCUGAUUAAAUUGUUACCGAAGCAUAUUGAUCCAAUGAAAGAUAAUCCAACAAUAAUACCGAUUCUAUGUGCUGCAAUACACAAUGAAGUAACUAAGGACUUCAUGCUGGUUUAUUUGGAGCCACUCCUCUCACAGCCGAAAGGUCUCAUCUAUUUCAUUCGUGUCACAUUCAUCUCAUCGUGUUAUUCGUUUGGUUUCAAAUGGCUUUUGGUUGGAGCAAAACCUAAAUACAUCUCAGUUGUCACCAAAAAUCAUGUUUAUGAGAAUGAAUGUGUAAAAGAUGAUGUGAAACGAUUGAACGAAACUUGGUCUUCGUCUAAUUUGGAUUGUUUACUGGCAUUGUUCUCAGCGAAUGAAUCGAAAGUAUCAGUGGGAAGUUUUUGUGAGCAGUUAUUUUAUCGUUUAUUCGAUAUUCUCACUUCAACACCUGACGAUGAAGUUCUAGCGGCUCAUUCAAGCACACUGGCUGAAUUACUUCAAGAUAUUGGAUUGACAUUUGACGAAAGAAUUCACUCGAGUGUGAUGCAGUUAUUCAUAGAACGCGUGCGAAAACGAACAGUUAUUUUUGCUAUUGUCUACUUAUUCGCCACUCAGUCGAAGGCUCAGAUAUCGGAAAUGCUGAAGCAGGUGUGUGACAAGCGAGGAAUGGAAUGGGAAAGAAUUGUUUUGCUGGGUGCGAUGGUGAAUAAAAUUGGGUAUGAUCCGUAUGUGAGCAAUAAUUUUGCAACAUUCUGUUCGCAGUUAUCAAAAGAAUCCGAGAUUCGCUGUAGAGAUGCCGUGAAUGCGCGUAGCGCAUAUUUCAAGAUGCUAUCACCGUUGUUGCGAUUAGCUGAUAAAAUAUCGAUACCUAUCACUAGCGAGUAUCUGAAGUUAUUGCCAAUAUUCUGUGAAGCAAUAGAUGCAAAGGGUUUGAGUGUGGAUACAGAAGAAACCGUUCUAAACGGUCUCGUAGAAUUACUGAAGAGCGCAUCUCGAGAGCAGCUUCGAGCAGAUUUCAUAGCAAAAGUAAUGCCAAAAAUACGACAUUUCAUCACAGAGGGUCGAUCUGUGCGUCUAAUCGAACUGGCACUGAAAUGUUUGGAGAUGAUGGCACGGCAGUGUGAUGCAUCCUUAUUGCUACCACAUUUUAAAGAAAUCAUUCCAAGUGUAAUUUCGGCAAGCGGUUCGAAAAAACGUCGUAUUCGAGCUGAUGCAGCGAACGUUAGGAAUUUGUGGUUAGUGAUUGAAAUGUGA